CAGUCCUUAUUCGCCCAAGUCCUUUUACUCAUGUAAAUAUGGCGGACAGACUCACGCAGCUUCAAGAUGCAGUUAAUCAGCUUGCUGAUCAUUUCUGCAACAGUGUUGGUAUCAUACAGCAAACUGCCCCUGCAAUUUUGCAAGAAUCUAAAUCAGGUGGAAGUGGAAGGCAACAAGAUGUCAACCAAGAAAAUCACAUUCCCCUGUUUGGAUCACUCAUAACAAGAACUGCAAAGGACAUUGAUUUCCUCAUUGAUGCCUUGCCAAGCAACCAAUGUAGUGCUGAAUUGCAGACUACUAGCUUAGAACGCUUGGAGCAGGAAAACAAGGAAGCUGGCGAGAAGUUGGAACAAGUUAUAGAUGAAGGAGAGAAACUGCUUGCACAGAUCCGAUGCGCUUUAGCUGAGAUCUCAGACUCCCUACUUAGUAGUUCCAUCAAAAAGUCAAAGGAAUGACUUUCUGACAUCAGAGGUACGCAAAAAUUUCUGCAACCUUAAAGAAUGUGGCUCCUCCAUUGCGUCUUGUCUGGUGGAGAACACUUGAUCACCUUGGAAAGACCCCUAAAAGCAACGAAGGCUAUACAUUGACUCUCGAAGAAGCGUUGAAUGUUUGCCAAGCAACCGGUAAGGUUUUUACUUAUUACUUCUUGUCACAUCGCUGGGACACGAGGGAUCAUCCCGACCCAAAUGGUGUGAAGAGCAGGAUUUGUGCCGAUUAUUCGAGAGUGCGAACGCAAACUUUUAAUGAAGAGGUUUUUUAUUGGAUCGACUAUUCUUCCAUUGACCAGGAAGGCAUGGCCCCAUUUAUCGCAGCAUUGCCACUAUACUGCUCUGGUGCGCAAAUUAUCAUGGUUCCUUAUAACGAAGAGUAUGAAGACCGAGGCUGGUGUUUGGUAGAGAGGCUAGCAUACGCUGCUUUGAACGGUCCGUUGCAGUUUGUUUGCGGGAUGAAGUAUGUUGACCAUGCGCAGCAAAAAGGGUGGAGCCAAAUACAAAGCUGUUUCACGUAUUUUGCUGAUUCAGAAGGACUGCAUUAUUCCUGGCUGAGACCACUUGCUAAUCCAGCCCUCGGAAAACUGAGUUUUGAGCAAGAUCGUCCGUUGAUUAAAAGCCUCUCCGAGGUUCUGCUGCGUCAAUGGGGGAAGACUUGGGUUCAAGGGAGCCGCUGGCCGCCACCUGGGGCUUUUGACCGUUGUUCGACUACAGCUAAGGGCCCUGUCAGAUGGGGUGUGACCACAGUUAAUGUUAUAUUGAUGAGCAAAACUUGAAGACAGUCUUCUGUAUUUCUCAAAAAAUCCCUAUGCUUCGUUUACAAGUUUCUUUUCAAUAUUCAAAUCUUUUUGUAAAUGAAAGGUAACCUCCUA